AUGCCCUCUUCAUGCUGCUACGCUGCUCCAACACUCACACUCAAGGUGCUGAGUGUUCGGAUCUGCGUCCUGCUCUGCAGCAUGUUUCUGGCAGGUUGGCCCCUCUCCCUGGAGGCCGCCCAGCUCCGCUGUGGCUCAGAGCUCCUCAGUGACCUCCUAUUCGUCUGUGGGGAUCGUGGAAUCUACUUAGGUGAGCCUUCCUGUAAAGGUUCCUGGUCUGGGUAUGGCCCUCGGCCCAGGGGGAAGGGGAUAGUAGACCAGUGCUGCAGAUCCUCUGGCUGUGAACUCUACCAUCUGGAGAUGUAUUGUGCCAAACCAAAAGCCAAGCAGCUUAGUACAGUCUCCCCGACUACAGCUUCAACCAAAGCAACACACACCACCACCACCACAGUGGAAGACAUGUUUAAAGUUGUUUUCCGGAAGAGACUUUUUGAGACUCUGGGAGCUCCCAACAGCCCAAAGAGAGAAGCUCACACAAAGAAAGCUCUUUCAUCACUUCAGUUUAAAAGCAAACCUUCAUCGGGACGCAGGAGACCAAAGCUGCAGAACUCCACCAGCAGGCCUCCUUCCGUCUCAGGAAGUCCCACUUGA